ACAUCAAAGGUGAAAACCUAACCUAAGAUAUAAAUAUUUAUAAUUGAUUAAAUUUUGAAAGGAAAUUGACGACUUUAAAUUAGUAGAAUUGCUUAGAAGGCAUAAUGUCAAAUAAGUGCCUACAAAGAAAUAAGCAUGUUAAAAGUAUUAUACUCCAAAAUAAAUUUAUUUAUAUUCAGCUGAUGUCUGUGAAUAGUAUGUGGUGUUUGUUAUUGUAUUUUAAAUUACUACAAAGAAUUUUCGCGUCGUAAAGACGUCUGCAGUUUCUUUUGAUUUUGUAAAUUGAAAUUUACACAUAGGUAUUCUUAAAACUUGCAAAUGCGCUAGUCCACAUAUGCGGUCGAUCUUCGAUCGAUAUGAAGAUCCAUAUCAGAGCCACCGUUUCGACGAGAUGCUUAUGGCUUGUGCUUCAGUUCAGGUGGCAAGUGGAGAUGAUUUCCCUUCUUUGAUAUGCGAAAUAUGUGUGGAACAAUUGGUAAAAGCUUAUUUUUUCAAAAAACAAGUGGAACAAGUAGAUGAUGAUUUAAAAAAGCACGCAAAAUUUUUGGAAGAACUAGAAAACUUCCCAUUUACAGAUUCAUUUGAUAUUCUUGAUGCUUUUUUGAAUGAACCAGCUACAAAUGAUGCUAUCACUGGGGAAGCUAUACCUCAUGAAGAACUUGGAAUUGACUUUGAUCUGCAAAGUAUAAACAUCAAUGAAAUACUCUCUGAGUUUGAGAAAUUUGAUAAAACGUUUUCUACAGUGGAGAAUCAACAAUUCGACAAAGCUCUUCACACACGAGAAAUAUUUCAAAAUGAUCAGUGUGUUGAAGAAUUUACAAGUAUUGAAGAACCACAACGCCAUGAACAAUCUCACACAAUUGUUUAUGUUUGCAAAAUUUGCAGACAAACUUUGGAAAGAAAGGAACAUUUGAAAUUUCACAUGCUAACACAUUUAACAGAGGGAAUGUUCUCAGAAGUAAGGGAUUGCUUUGAACUACAAGAAGUAGAGGUUACUGCAAUAAUAGGAAGUGAUAAAGAAAAGGCCGCAGGUGAAAUUUCCAGUCAAAAAGAAAGUAAUCACAAUGAUGGAUUUAUUGAGGUUGGAGAUAUUGUGAAUAUUAGCGAUAAAGUUGUAGAAUGUGAUAAAAAUAGAAAAGAUAUUGAGAAUGGAGAAGAAGAAAAUAAUGAAGAUGGAAGAAGAGUUGAUUUGUAUCAAGGCCAAAAAAGUGUUGAAGAAGAACAAGCUUUAAUUAACGAAUAUGAGUAUAUUGAAAAUAAUGUAGUUGAUGAUAUACAGGAAACCCAAAAAAGUGUUGAAGAAGAACAAGUUUCAAUUAAUGAGGAUGUGUAUACUGAAAAUAAUGUAGUUGAUGAUAUACGGGAAAACCAAAAAAAUUUUAAACUUGAAGAAAAAUUGUCAAUUAACGAAGAUGAGUAUAUUGAGAAUAAUGAGGUUGAUGAUGUGUGGGAACGCCAAAUGAGUAUUGAAAUUGAAGAAGACAAAUUGUCAAUUAACGAAGAAGAGUAUAUUGAAAAUAUUAAAAUUGAAGUUGAAGGUUGUGGCUCAGAGAAUAACUGUGAUUCUGAUAAAGCAAAUAAUGAUUUGGAUUAUCUUCAUCAAAAGAAGGCAUCGCCACUUGUCAAACAUCAAAGAGAAAAUGUUGACUCUCAUCCUAAACCAAUCAAUAUAAAUGUAGGAACAAGUAGAAGUCAUGAAAUGGUAAAAAGAAGAGAAGUGACAAAAAAAAAUACAAGAAAUAGAAAUUUUCCAUGUCCGGUUUGCAAUGAAAUGUUUAAUUCCAUGACUAAAUUGGAUCGUCAUGUAAAAAUUAGUCACAAAGGAACCAAGAUAUACGAAUGUAAUUCAUGCAAUAAAGCGUUCUCCAGAUUUGAUCAUCUAAACAGACACACUGUUUCGCAUUCAACUAUUAAACCGUUCCAUUGCACCAUGUGUCUCAAAAAUUUUAGCAGGAGUGAUUCUUUUAAACUACAUCAGAAGCAGCAUGAGCUGUGUAAUGAAAUUUCUUGUAAAAUAUGCAAAGGAACUUUCUUGUCUAAAUUUCUAUUGAUUGAACAUAUGAAAACCCACCAAGGUCAUUCCAAGAACUUUCUGUGUUUUGUAUGUGGAAAAACAUUUUCCAGAAAAGAUAAUUUGCAUACACACUUGAAACGUCAUAGAGGAGAGAAAACAUUUAAAUGUGAAUAUUGUAAAAAAGGUUUCAUAAGAUUAAGUGAGCUGAAUAUUCAUAAAAAAUACCAUACUGGCGAAAAGAACUAUUUAUGUCCAUUUUGUGGUAAAGGAUUCGUAAGACUGUAUAAUCUUACUGUUCAUAUGAGAACACAUACUGAUAAAGAAUCAUACCAGUGUGAUGCUGCCAUUGCUCAUAUUAAGGAUCUUAAGAAGCACAAACUACUCCACAGUCACGAGAGAUACAAAUGUAAAUUAUGUACUGAAGGUUUCAACAAGGCUAUAUUGUUGACACGACAUGUGAGAACUGUACAUGCUCAGUUGCAAUCAAAAUCGGGUUAAUGCAGCAAGAGGAAAAUGUUGGUGGUAUCACAUUUUUGUAGUUUAAUUUUUUACUUUUAGGAGUUUUGUGUUGUUCACUAUUUAUUUGUUAAAUUUGUUCAGAUUUGCAAUAAAAGAAUAUCUUCUUUGAAAA